CAGCUUUCAGCUUCUCUCAUGGCAAGUUGAAGAGUGUCCAAUGGUGUAAUGUCCUUGUUAUUGAACAACUUUUCGUUGCGCGCUUUCCAUAUGUGCCACAUUAUCCAUGGGAAGACUUUCAUCAUUUCUUCAUUUGCGCCUUGCUUCUUUGCCCUCCAUAGGAGAUUGUUGCGGGAAUACCCCAGAGCUGCAGGGAUCUGUGACAGUGCCCAACACUGCAAGGCAGGCGGGCAUUCGAACAGAGUGUGAUUAAUGGUUUCAGACUCCGCACCGCAACGAACACAAGUACUCUUUUGCGCACAAUGCCGGUCUCGUAAAUUCUGCGCCAUAGCGCGAUGUAUCCAGAGAUAGUUUGCCAGAUGAAGUGCUUUAAUUUUCUUGGAGCUUUGAUGUUCUAUGUUGCUUUCUUUAGUUCAGUAGUGCUGGGUUCAGACACCAGUGCCUGUCGGAGUUGUGUACGCACCGAUUUAUUAGAUAAACUAACAUUAUUUUGUGUUUUUAGCUUACAACAUUUUCAAUCUCAUUAUGAUUUUAUUCCAAAAGGGAAUAAAAAUAAAAUUAGUCUAUAAAUGGAAUAAUGUAUUUUUUAUUUAUCCACUGUUCUAUUUCCACUCCAAAAUGAAUUAAAAAUAAACAAAAUCCAAUUCAGUUAUGGAGUUACUUUAUUUUAAAGAAAAAUGAAGAUUUACAUUAGAAAUGUUCUUAUAUAUAUAUACAUGCUGUAACAAACUUUACUAAACCAAUACAUUCAUUUCGAUAAAAAUUAAAUUUAUAAACCCAAUUAACAAAAUAAAAGCAUAAAACUCAAGUAAUCUAAGAAAAUAAGAUCGAACCAACAUAGACUACAUAGCGCGACACCUUUAUUUAAAGGGAAAAUUGGAUAAAUAGGACACUUUGAACUUGGAUUUGUCACAUUAGGAUUUCUAGAAGAUAUUUUAGGAAAAUAGGAUUUUAGAUCUUGUAAAAUACCAAAGUACCCUUAAUUUACCAAUUAUGUUGAAUUUAAAUUAUAAAUUAUAAUAAUUUUCGUAAUAGAUUUUAAUGUUAAAAUUAAAAUCUAUAAAAAUUAAAAAAUAAAAAAAACACUAAAUGGGAAAAAAGGAGACGCGGGAUGCCGCAAACCUAAUUCCCCUUUCUCUUUGUCUUCUCCGUCGUAGACUCGUCGCUCUCCCACGGCGAUUUAGGGUUCAACGGUGAGAAGCUCUGUUCUUCGUCGGUGUUUCAUCAGCCCGUGGUCUCUACUCUCGUCUCCGUCACCAUCCUUUUCGAUCUCACUGAAGACACAACGGCUGCGAAUCGUUCUUCCUCUUCGUCGGGUCAAAUCGAUUUUCGAAGUGUUCUUCCAUCAAUUUCGCCUCUCAAUCUCACAAUUCUUCACAGAAGGUAUUGGAUUUCAUCUAUAGAUUCUCAUAUUAAACGAAAUCGAAGUGUUCUUCCAUUAAAGCUUGAUUUUUUUUUAAAAUGAUUUGCCGUGUUUCUUAAAAUAAUUUUGUUUCACGGAUUGGUUGAUAUUAUUGAAACCUUUACAUGUGUGAUGAUAUUGAAACCUUUACAUGUUGAACUAAUAAUUUUGUCACGGUUUGUAGCUAUGUCUGAGGAGCUACCGAAGAGGCUUUUUAAGGAGGGCGAGGAGCCCCGAGUUACUCAGAUCAACAACAACUGCAGGAUCGACUACAUAAUCCGAAAGUUCCAAGCGUGGCUGCCAAAGGAGUUGGAUGUCGUGAAGAAAGACCCGGUUUUUCAUCAGAUUUUUAAGCUCCAUGAGAAUGGUCUUGGAUACUCUGCGAGGGUGAUACACAGCUUCUUGUGUAGGGAGCUGGUGACUUUCUUACAGCACGAGCUAUGGUUUGUCUUUGCGAGGAGACCGCUUCGAUUCUCAUUGCAAGAGUUCCACGCCGUAACCGGGUUUGAAUGCGAUACUCACAUUUCGAUUGAGGAGUUUGAAGAGUGGAAAUAUGAUGGUGGUUUCUGGAGCAAGGUUUUGAGGAGAAAAGAUGGAACAAUUACACUCUUCAACCUGUGGACUAAGGACAAGGAAGCUGUAAAGAAAUGGAAGAAUGCAGAUCGCAUACGUCUUAUCUACUUGGCGAUCAUUCUUUGUGUGGUAUUGGCGAGAGAUGAGAAGGCUAAUAUCCCCCUGAAGUACAUCGCGGUGGUCAUGGAUCUUGACAGAGUUCGAAGGUAUCCUUGGGGAGUUGCUGCUUAUGACCUUCUCUGCAAAUCCAUAGCCAAAAAUCGUUCCCAACUGAAGGAAAAGACCACUAGCUAUGUCUUGGAUGGCUUCUCAUACGCCUUGCAGAUUUGGGCAAUGGAAGCGGUGCCAAAAAUCGGGAAGCUUUGUGGAAAAAAGCUGGAUAAGGGUUUCAAGGACGGUCCUAGAUGCAUAAACUGGAUGGGAGCUGCGAAGGUGUCAUAUGAGGAGAUCAUUCGCUUGGAGGAGAUUAUUACACCCAAGGAUGACAUCUACCCAUACAUCUCAUGGACAGGAAAUUAUGAUGUUGUCAAAGCUCAGGCGUUUCGCAGAGAUGAUGAUGUGGAGGAUGACAGAAUCAAGGUUCUGAUGGAGAUGAUAAAGAAGGGGCAUGAUUUUAGUGAGCAUGUUUGGUUAUUUUUUUGACCUAAUCUCUUUUCUUCCUCAUUCUUCCUCGACAGAGAGAUUGCAGCGGCGAAAAUUUGGAGAUCGACUCCCUCAUGUCUUCAGUAAAUUCUUCAUCCACUACAAGAGAUCGCCUCGCGAAACAACGGGGAAUUCCCACAAGAUGCAAUUGCGGUGAGGCAGUGAAUCGUUUCACUUCAAAAACAAUUCAAAAUCCGGGAAGAUUAUUUCAUUGUUGUCCUUUGGGAUCUCAAAAGGUUAGUCAUGUUAUCAUAUAACUGUCUCGUUGUUGUCCGAUGAGAGUAGAAUUAGUCAAUCUAAUUGUGUAUUGGAUGUUACUGAUGAAGGACAAAACCCACUUGUUCAAAUGGACUGACAAGUCAGUUGUUGAGGAGAUUGAAGACUUCCAAGACCUGUUUGACGUGUUACUCGUUGACAAUUCCGAGUUUCAGAAAUCAGUGAGAGCUGGUGAGGCCAUGAUGACACGCCAUGAGAGUAGAAUUCAAGAGAUGGAAGAUGCAAUGUGCCAUUG